AUGUCAACUACAAAUACAGUGUUAAAUCUUCCAUUGACAAAAAAACAAAAUGUAUCAGCAUGUCGAAUAUGUGGCGCUCCUGCUCACUAUGUAAAUUUUGGCGUUAUUACAUGUCAUUCAUGUAAAAUGUUUUUUAGACGAAAUGCUACUAUUGAACAAAAAACAUUUAAAUGCCAUUUGGGUGGCUAUUGUGAAAUAAAACAAGAUAAUCGUCAUAUGUGUGCAUCAUGUCGACUGAAGAAAUGUUUUCAAUAUGGAAUGACUACAGACAAAUUUCGACCAUCAAGACCGAAGAAAUCAAAAACAAAAUCGUUAGUUAAAGUAGAACCACGAUAUCAAUCAGAGAAAUUGCCAAUAUUAAAUUGUUUAAAGCCAGAUCAUUCAUUAUUGACUACGAGUCAAUGGACACUUCUCUCAAAUUUAUAUAAUAGUUUUGAUGAAUCUCAACUUGUAUUCCUUGGUAAAUCUUUGGCAGAUACACAUAAUUCAUUACAGCCAGUAAACGUAACAUACCAAAGGCUUGUAGAAAAUUAUUUAUUAUCUAUUUAUGAAACAACAGGAAGAUAUCUUCGUUUGAAUGAUGAUAUUUGUAAAUUAUCAUUUACUGAUCGUUCCAUUUUACUUCGCAGUGCUGCAGAUAAUAUAUCUAGCAUGGCUUCUAUAUUUAUUAUACAUCAUUUUGAUUUAUUUAGUCUAGAUUCUUUUUUGAAAACUAUGUCAGCAAUGUUUGACAAUUGUGGAAUCUCUCUUGUUCAAUGGCCAAUGAAAUUUAUUAAUCCAGAUAUCAUGAUAUUUAAAUUAGCACUUUCAUUAUUUUCUUUAUCAAAAACUACUUAUUUAUAUUCUCCAAAUAUUUCAAUAGAUUCAACAAAUUCUUCUACAAUAUUUCAUAUUCAAAAUAAAUAUGCAGAAGUUACAUGGAAAUAUCUUAGUUAUAGAUAUGGUUGUUAUGAAGCUGUGAAAUAUUUUCAUAGUAUCAUAUAUUGGCUCAUGGCUUUAACAAUGCUUAUAUGCGAUGUACAAACUUUUAGUAGACAUGUUGAUAGUAUUGAUUCACUUGUUGAACUAACUGAACUUACAUUUAUAUUAGAUGAUGUUGAGAAAAUAAUAGAUACAAAAUAG